CCGAUUGCGUUUCUCUCCAACAUCAUGGCUCCCAAACGCAAGCAAAACUCACAGCAGGCAUCUUCGGCGAAGAAGAAGAUCAAGCACACCCAAAUGACACGACAAGUCGAAGAAGCAUCGCCUUUCAAAAAUCUUCCCAUCACGCUAUUGUCGGGGUUCNUUGGUCAGUCCAACGGAAGCGGAAAAACAACACUUCUCAGCUACAUCCUCAACUCAAAAGACCAUGGACUGAAAAUCGCGAUGAUCGUCAACGACAUGGCCGCUGUCAAUGUGGAUCAAGGCAUCAUAGUAGUAGACGGAAAGAAGAAAGGUCGAGAAGCAGAGAAGAUGAUCGCCAUGCAGAACGGAUGCAUCUGCUGCACGCUUCGUGGAGACUUUGUCAUCGAGCUAGCCAAGAUGGCCAAAGCUGGUGAAUAUGACUAUGUUCUGAUCGAGAGCACUGGCAUCAGCGAGCCGCAACAGGUCGCCGAGAGCUUUACUACAGACUUUACUGAGGCAAUGAUGGGGGCCGAUGGAGCUCUCGACCAGUUCGACGAGGAUGAGAAGAAGGUCUUUAACGAGAUUGCCCAGAAUGGUGGGCUGAACAAAGUCGCCACACUCGACACCACAGUUACGGUUGUGGACGGUUUCAGGUUCUUCGAGGAGUUCGAGACUAUUCAGCUUUUGCACGAACGCUUUCAGUCGGAGGUGGAAACGCCAGAGGACCAACGCACUGUCAGCGACUUGAUGAUCGAUCAAAUAGAGUUCGCCGACGUGAUUAUUAUCAACAAGGUGAUCGAGACCAGCCUUCGAGCAUCGAAGCGAUCCGAAAACCCGUAUGGCGUCAAGCCUCUGGACGUCAAAGAAAUCAUCGCUACCGGCAUGUAUAGCGAAGAGACCUCGAUCAAAAGCUCCGGUUGGCUCAAGAGUAUCAACGAAAUGUCCAUGAUUGACAAUCAUGGUCGUACGGUCAUGGCGCCCAGGCCAGAAACGCUCGACUUUGUCUACCGAGCAAGAAGACCUUNNUUCUCGCCUGGUCGCCUGUACGAGCUAGUCCAUGAUAAGUUUGUAAUUCUGGAGCCACAAGACGAAGACGACGAGGAAGAUGAGGAUGAAGAUGAAGAUGACAGCCAAGAGCACGAUGGUGCAGGCAGCGAAUCUGAGAGCGAUGAGAAUGAGGUCGACGAGUCUCCGGACAGAUCGCACUCCGACGCCGCUGUCCACUCAUCAGGUUCUUCGAGCCUUAAAUCAGCUUCCGACACUGAUGCCACCUCCGUGGAUUCAGACGACCAGGAUGCGUUGGAUACCAAGUAUCCAGACCUCGAUCUACCAACUCGAUUAGCGAACAAGAAGGCCCACCCUGUAUUUAAGCAGCUGCUUCGCUCAAAGGGUUUCAUCUGGCUAGCCACUCGCCCUUUUGUCAGUGGCGACUGGUCGCAAGCUGGAGCAAUGCUCACCGUUUCUGGUGGCCUGAACUGGUUCGCUGUAGUCCCAGAGGAGCAAUGGCCUUCACCCAGCCAGGACGUUACAGAUCUCAUCAAGAAAGACUUUGAGGGCGAGUGGGGUGACCGCCGACAGGAGAUUGUCUUUAUCGGUGAGGGCAUCGACGUCAAGGCCAUCACAGAAUUAUUUGACGGUUGUCUCUUGAAUGAUGCAGAGAUGAAGAAGUGGGAAAAGAUCAUGAAGAGGAAAGAUUUGACUAAUGAGCAAAUAGAGAGCCUGCUGUGUAGGAGCUUUGAAGAUGGAUGGGAAGAUUGGCGCAACCCUCUUGACGAGGAAGAGGCCAAGGGUCAUGAUCAUGCUAGUCAUCAUCAUCAAUGA